ACGGCUGAGCACUUGCGUAUAUGCACUGGCACUAGCCCAGCGCAGUUCAACUAGUAGUUUAAUUUUGUACUCCGCUCCUUUCGAUAGUAUUUUGUUAUCAAUCAUUGUGAAUCAAGUUAUUUCAUAAUUAUUGUUAUCAUUUGACGUAACAAAGUGCCUCUUUUUUAAGUUGUAAUCACUUCCUGGAGUAUCCGUAAAGGAAAUUCAUCGAACAGUUUGGUUCAUUGCAGCAAAAUGGCCAGUUUGAGAUUGAUAGGAACAUCUCUGCAGCGGAAUUUGACCUUUGCUCGGUCGGUGAAAUUCAGGGGAGCGGCCCCCAUGCUUCACAGUCGCUUCCUAGCCAGCGCACCGGCUGGGAAACACAUCAAAACCAAACUGGUCGACAAUGUCCUGGUCGUGACGUUGGACUCCCCGAACGCGAAAGUUAACUCGCUGGGCGCCGAAGUACAGGCAGAGUUCGAUGCCGUUUUCCGGGAGGUCGAGACCAAUCCGGCCGUUAGCUCGGCGGUGGUAAUCUCCGCUAAGCCGGGAUGUUUUAUCGCCGGUGCCGACAUAACCAUGCUGGAGAAGUGCAAGACUGCCGCUGAGGCGACCAAAAUCUCCUACGAGGGACAGAUGCAAUUUAACAAAAUGGAGAAUUCGCGAAAACCAAUAGUAGCGGCAAUUAAUGGGGUUUGUUUGGGUGGUGGUCUCGAGCUGGCUUUAGCCUGUCACUAUCGUGUGGCGGUAAAGGAUAAGAAAACGAACUUAGCCCUCCCCGAAGUAAUGCUGGGCCUUCUACCUGGAGCAGGAGGUACACAGCGGCUGCCAAAACUAACAUCGAUUCCAACAGCGCUGGAUAUGGCGCUCACUGGUAAGAAUGUGAAAGCUGAUAAAGCGAAAAAGCUAGGACUUGUGGACAUGUUGGUGAAUCCUUUGGGCCCCGGACUUAAGCCAGCCGAACAGAACACCAUCGAGUAUCUGGAAAAAGUUGCCGUCCAAGUAGCUAAAGAUCUGGCGUCCGGUUCGCUGAAAGUAAAUCGGAAAAAGACUGGUCUGGUGAAUGCCGUCACCGACUUUGCCUUUUCGAUCGACUGGGUUAAGGGUAAAAUAUUCGGCAAAGCUCGCGAGCAAGUGAUGAAACUGUCCGGAGGACUCUAUCCUGCUCCCUUAAAGAUUCUAGAUGUAAUUCGCGCUGGUGUGGAUCGAGGAUUUGAAGCAGGUUCGGAAGCCGAGCGAAUGGGCUUUGGAGAGCUGUCGCAAACACCGCAAUCCAAGGGUCUGAUUGGCCUCUUCCGUGGCCAGACGGAAUGCAAGAAAAACCGAUUUGGCAAGCCAGCCAAUCCUCCAAAGAAUGUUGCCGUUUUGGGAGCUGGUUUGAUGGGUGCCGGUAUUGUGCAGGUUAGCAUUGAUAAAGGUUACCAGGUUGUGAUGAAGGAUACAACUGAAGCUGGUCUAGGCCGAGGUAUUGGACAGAUUCAAUCUGGUUUGCAAAAUGCUAUCAAACGGAAACGCAUAAGCUCGAUCGAACGUGAUUUAAUCUUUUCAAAUCUGAACUCUACCCUGAGCUACGAACCGUUCCGCAAUGCGGAUAUUGUUAUCGAGGCAGUGUUUGAGAAUAUUGACAUCAAACACAGAGUAAUCAAGGAGCUGGAACAGGUCGUUCCGAAACACUGCAUCAUUGCGACGAACACUUCCGCUAUUCCGAUUACGAAAAUUGCCGCCGCAAGUGCGCGACCAGAGAAUGUCGUUGGUAUGCACUAUUUCUCGCCGGUAGAUAAAAUGCAGCUGCUGGAAAUUAUCACUCAUCCGGGCACGUCAAAGGAAACGGCAGCUGCUGCCGUCGAGGUUGGACUUAAACAGGGCAAAGUUGUCAUAACGGUUGGAGAUGGCCCCGGCUUCUACACUACGCGAAUUUUGUCAACUAUGCUGUCUGAAGCUAUCAGAUUGCUGCAGGAAGGUGUCGAUCCAAAGGAGCUGGAUAAAAUGACAAAAUCUUUUGGUUUCCCGGUCGGUGCAGCUACGUUGGCGGAUGAAGUAGGCAUAGAUGUCGGAGCACACAUUGCGGUCGAUUUGGCGAAAGCGUUCGGAGACCGGUUCAGCGGCGGAAAUCUGGGAGUGAUGGACGACCUGGUCAAAGCAGGCUUUAUGGGUCGUAAAUCUGGCAAAGGAGUGUUUGUGUACGAAGGUGGAAAGAGCAAAAAUCGCGAAGUAAACCAGGAAGCUCUGGCCAUUUUGAAGCAGAAAUACUCGCUUCAGUCACGCGGCGCCAACAGUGUCGAGGAUAUGCAGCUCAGAAUGGUUUCACGAUUCGUCAAUGAAGCUGUGCUGUGUCUGGAGGAGAAAAUUCUCGACAAUCCGCUGGAGGGUGAUGUUGGUGCUGUGUUCGGUCUCGGUUUCCCACCGUUCACCGGCGGCCCAUUCCGGUGGGUUGAUCAGUACGGUGCGGAUAAAUUGGUCAGCAAGAUGCGCUCGUACGCCGAUCUGUACGGUGCACCAUUCCAGCCUGCCCAAACUUUGCUCGAUAUGGCAAAGGAUUCAUCGAGAAAGUUUCACCCUAGCAAGUAAAUUUUAAUUUAAAAAUGUGUCCUAAUUAAGUUAAAAGCAUUAUUAACGUCGGAGGAAUUUGUGUCUUUGUUUUCGUUAUUAACCAAACAUUCUAAUGGCCAGUUUUCCAUAGAUAUUAUUUCUGUUCUCUUCUGGCCAUUUAUUUUUGUUACAGUUUCAUGCAUUUUGUACAAUACAGAAGGUCUAUUUUGACAAUCAG